GCGGCCCGGGAGGAGCCGGGCACCGCCCCCGGCGCUGGGCGGAGCCGCCUGGCGGCGGGAGGAGGCGCGGGCGGCGGCGGCGGCAGCAGGUGCGAGCAUGAGCUUCCCGCGGCCGCUGCGGCGCUCCGUGAGCCUGAGCCCGGCGCGCACCCUGCGCCUCGUGGUGCUGGGACAGGGCGCCGUGGGCAAGACAGCUUUAACAGUAAGAUUCAUCACCAAAAGAUUCAUUGGGGACUAUGACCCUACUCUAGAGAUGAUUUACAGACACACAGCUGUCAUCGAUGGGGAGAUGGUGCAUUUUGAGAUUCUCGACACAGCAGGACAGGAAGAAGACUCCUUGCAGAUUGAGGAGAAGAUAAAGUGGGGUGACGGUUUUGCUGUGGUGUACUCAGUGACUGACAGGUGCAGCUUUGAUGAGGUUAUGAGGCUCUGCUUCCUCAUCAACCACAUCCAUGCAAGCCCUAAGCGGAGCAGUGGGAGUGACCAGCCGCCUGUGGUAAUUGUUGGCAACAAAAAGGACUUGCAGUUUGACAGGAUGGUAUCCUCUGAGGAUGGCGAGAACCUCUCCAAAGCCCUGAAGUAUCCAUUCUAUGAGAUCUCCACCAGAGACAGCUACGAAGAGACUGUGAUGGUGUUCAACACAUUGUACCAUGAGCUGAUGAGACAGGGGCACUUCUCCCCCGGCUCCUUCAAGAGGAGGACAGUGUCCAAGCUGAUGGAGAAGAUUCCCAGGAUGCAUGCUAACUCCACCCUCAACUCAGGUGGCAGAAGCCUGAGCUUCAACUCCUUCAGGGACUACAUACCAGAGUGAGCUGCCUUUGUGCAGGCAGGGGGGUGGAAGCGAAUGAUGAACAGGAGCAGCCUGAACGAGCAAUGGACAGGCUACAGUGCUGCUGGCCUUGCCAGCCUUGAGAGCCCAUGUGUAGUAGCUAGGGUGGGUCACUAUAGCUGCCUGUAUUCCAGGAAGUUCACGGUGCUAGUCUAAGCUGGCUUCAUAGAGGGGAGUGGGCAAGAAGGUAGGUGGCUUGAUAAGGUUGGUGCAUUAGCUUUGUACAUUUAAAGCCUUAGAGGGGAGGCUUAUGUCCUGGGUUAGAGGGAGCAGUGAAAAUGUGUUUGAGAGGGCGUGCUCUUCCUCCUCAUUAUCCACGUUUUGCUUAUGUCACAGACUGUCACCAUACAUUAUGCUGUUGGCAGGCUCUGUUCCAGGUGGGACUGGGAUUGGGACUAAAGGUUAAGAUUGUGUGUUAGAGCCAUGUGGGAGCCCAGGCCUUGGUUACCAGGCGGUAUUGCAGAGCAGGAUGGAGGGGCCCUAGUAAGAAGCUUUCCCUACACGCCUCAUUCUGCUUGGCCACUGAUCCCUAUGAGCAUUUAUAGACGUGCUCUGGGAGGGGUGCGGGGGUGCUUUAAUUAGUGCAGCUCCAAGAGGUGCACUGUUUAAACGUGCCCAGAACGUCACAUGUAUCAGCAUCCCUACACUGAAAAAUGGUAGCAGGGCACUUUGAACUAAAGCUUGACGAACAAGCUUUAGUGCAAAGCAACUGGCCACCAUUUUUCGGUGCAGAGAUGAUGAUACACAUGACGCUCGAGUCUGCUGAAGUGCAGUAAUUACCAUGCUCCUGCACACUCUGUUAAUUCUACUCUAACGUGCUGGAAUUACAGCAUGUUGGAGGAGCCUUCCUGCACAUGUACAGGAACCCCAUGUCCCAUGAGCAAAACCAUUCACAACCUACCUGUUGUGCCCAUAGGGUGUCUUUUAUCAGGGCAGACCCAUAGGCUGGCAGACUGCAUCUGCUGUCUUCAGUAACAGUCAACACUAGGUGGCUUCUCUAGAAAGAGUUGAGUGCCCUUGGCAAGGGGCAAACUCCUUUAAAUGUCACUCCUUUGACCCACCCCCCGACCACGUCCCUGUUCACUUACCCCCACCCCCAGCCAUCAGAUUCAAGGGCAAAGUUCUCAUUGACUUCAGCAGGGCAAAAUCAAGCCCUUGAUGCUAAAGAGAUUUCAAGCGCUUACCCUUCAUGGUGGUCCAGCUGCCAUUACCCUCUCUACUCAGUGUGACUCUUGGAGGUGUGCACACAGGCACUCAGCCCUGCAAAUUUCAUGCCACCCAGAGCUUACACCAUCUGUAGAGUGCCACACAGUUUCUAUGGGACUACAGUAGUGUGCAUGGAGAGCAUCACAUUGUGCCCACAGCUGCUGAGAUCGUGUGACUGCUGUGAGGACAGACCCUUAGUUGUGACAAUCAAAAAUGUUCUCAAUUGCGUUUCUCCAGCACAGUCAUCAAAGUUGCUAUCAAAGAGCCAUGUUUAUUGCUCUGGGCAGUAGCAUAGGGAUGGGUGAUUAGGGCAGAUCUGGGGGUGGGAGUUAAAAUGGUUGCCUCAAAUGAGUCUGCACACAAAAUACACCCUCCCCCUUUGCUGUUCUCAAGGCACCAGAAUAGUUAGUUAGACCACUGGCUCUGGGCUUUAUUAUUUCCCUCCUCCUAAGGAGAAAAUGAAUCCAGCUGAGGAGUAAAGCAAGGGAAAGAGUGCCAAAUGCCAGUUCCAUCAAGCACUGGCCAGAGUUGCGCACAGCUUGAAAUCUAGUCCAUUUCAAGUUAGGAGUUAAAAGGCAGCAUCAGGGAGGACCCUGCCACCAAGUUCCUCUUGCCAUAUGUGUUUCUGAAGUCACAUUCUUCUGUUUUAAAUUAUUUUCUCUCCCAUAUCCCAGUGUGAACGAUCCACAGGAACCAGGAGGAGCCACCUACCCAUGCAGGGAACCAAUGAGACUGACAGUACACCCAAUCCCAGUGCAAAAGAAACCAAAACCUCCAGUUCCCUCAAAUCUUGUUGACUGAGAGUGAUCUUGGGGGUUAGUUGAAACACUUGUGACAAAUGGGAUUUUUGGAGUUGGCCAGGUCCAUCCAGAGAGCUGCAGGAUGGGGAUCCAGUGACCACUUGUGAUAGGGCCUGGCACCACACACUGCAUGUGCUACAGAUGCACAGAAGAAAAGGGACUGGAUGGCUCAUGAGAUUGGAGCCCUUUGCUUACAUGUGGAAGGGUUGACACUACUGCUAGCCUAGUUUAGUACUAGUCCAGCAUCUCUAGUUGAUGGAGAAAGAAGUCGGUCCAGUGGUGAGGAGGCAAACAUAAGAGACAUAGGUUCACUUCCUGUGUGGUUAGACACUCCCUGCAUGACCUUGGGCAAGUCACUUAACCUCUUUCUUUGGCCUGUGAAAAUCAGGAUAAGAACCCAGGGUGCAACAAUGACAAUUAAGGAUUGUGAAGUGCCCAGGUUCCCCAGUAAUAGGGUCAAUAUCAUCCCAUCCCUGGAACGUUAGCCACUAAUUCCUAAUUAUUUAAUCUCUGUGCCUGCUUUCCCUGUGUUUCUGCUGGUUAAAGUUAUAUGCUCCGCAAGAAAACAUUUAAAUAUUUAAAUUAAGAAAGAAAACUUGUUUACAGCAACUUUACUGUUUUUUUUAAAUGCCUGUUAUUCCCAGGCCCUGUAAAAUCAUUUUCGGGGGCUGAAAUCACUUGACAAAAUCUCCUCUAAAUAGCACAGUAAAUAACGAUUUAGGCAAGGCACAAAUGUCAACUGUUGCUGUCCCAGCUCAGCUGGAAUGCACCAACUACAUUUUAAUGGUGUGUGUGGGUGAUGGGGUUUGGGGUUUUUUUUAGCUGUUACACUCGUGGCUGAAGCUGUGCAUUUUGUGUUAUUUGCUGCUGUCUGUCUCCCAUUGGGUCCCCCCCUCUCCCAGGUAAGGGCCAUCCAGGCUUCCUCCAUGUUCCGCCCAAAUCUAGAACUGAUCUUCAGUUUACACAUUAUUCCAGCCUGAACAACAUAGUUUUAGAAGUGCUGUAUGCUUAUCUAUCCAAACGGAGGGUCUGUCAAUUCAACUGGCUUUUUACUGAUAGCAUGGUCAUUCCCUGCUGAAAUUUCCUGGUAGCCAGGAUGUGUAUAUUGCCUCCCAGGUUACCAGGUAUGUAAAUCAAGGGGCAUCUAUAGACUUGCUCUGGGAGGUGGGAAGGCGGGUGCUUUAAUUAGCGAGCCGUGCUAAUUUAAAGCGCCCAAUCCUCAUGUGUAGCAGCAUCCUUGCACUGAAUAAAUGGCGGUGGGGCACUUUGAACUAAAGCUCAUCAAACAAGCUUUUAUUCACCUGCCACCAUUUUUCAGUGUGGAGAUUCUGAUACAUGUGACACUGGAGGCUGCUACAGCACAUUAAUUUCUGCACUCCGGCAGACUCGAUUAAUCAAGUCUGCUCUGACGUGCUAGAUUUACAGUGCAUUGCAGCAGCCUUCUCGCACGUGUGUAAGUGCCCAAGGGGACUGUUUCUUGUGACACACCCUGAUACCUCUGGUAACAAGUACCUGUUAAUCGCACUUGUCUGUCCUAAAGGGCCAAUGAGUUGUUAUAUUCUCUGUGGGAUUUCUUCCACCUUAAAGGCCUGGUUUUAUGAGGUGACUGAAUAAUGGCCAGAACAGUAGGGCUACAAACAAACAUCAUAUUUGUCCCAGGAUAAUCAGUUUUCUCCCUGGAUAAGUUGCAGUCGUUCAGACAUCCAUUUCUUUUGUCACAGGACAGACCCUGAAAAGGUUCAUGGGGUAAGAUCCACUAACAGUUUGUCCCAGGACAUCACAAAGUAUGUCCUGGGAUUGCAUUUUUAGAUCAAUAGCAGAAAAGUGGCAGUGCAUUCAGCUGCUUACUAAACCCUGAUUGGAAGGGCAAUGUGUAUACAUGCCAAUCCUGUGACUUUUCCAUUACAGGACAAACACAGGCACGACUGGUCCCAGGUUAAAUGCAACAUCGGUUCAUAGAUUUCAUAAAGAUUAGGGGUGGAAGGGACCUCGGAAGAUAAUUGGGUCCAGCCCCCUGCAUCAGGGGCAGGAAGUUAGCUAGGGUCAAAGGAUCCCAGCAAGAUAAGUGUCCAAACAUUUCUUGAAAGAGUCCAGAGUAGGUGCUUGCACCACCUCUGGAGGGAGUCUAUUCCAGGUCUUGGGGGUUCAGACCGUAAAGAAGUCUUUCCUUACGUCCAGCCUAAAACAGUCUUGGAGGAGUUUGUGACCAUUGGACCUUGUCAUCCCAUGGAGCACUCUGAUGAACAGAUGUGCCCCCAAAUCCUGAUGCACACCCCUAAUAUACUAAUAGGCUGCCACCAGGUCCCCCCUGAGCCUGCACUUUUCCAGGCUGAAGAGUCCCAUGGCUCUCAGUCUCUCUUCAUAAGGGUCUUGCCCUCUGAUCAUGCACGUGGUUCUCCUCUGGACUCUCUCAAGCUUCUCCAUGUCCUUCCUAAAUUAUGGAGCCCAGAAUUGGAAGCACUACUCCAGCUGCGACCUCACCAAGGCUGAGCACAGUGAGAGGAUGACAUCCUGGGUCUUGCUAAAGAUGCAUUGGUAGAUGCAAGCCAGAGUUUUGUUCACUUUGCCAGCUGCAGUAUCGCAUUGGUGGCUCAUGUUCAUCUCAUGUUCAAGCAUGACCCCCAAGUCCCUUUCGGCCAUGGUGCUAGUGAGCAUAGCACAAAUAGCGCAUAGGCUAGUAUGACCUAUUGGAGAGGAAGGGGUACCACCUAUGAGCACCAUGUGUAAAAGGAAAUGAAACAGCUGGGCUUGAAAUUCUCAAUGUGGAUCUGGAAGAUUGCUCAAGGUAGAAUCUGAAGAUGAUAUCCAUAAGUGCUAAUUCUUAUUAGUGAUUAAUUCUCUUCCCCUCCCUACCCUCCUUUCAAUGUGGUGAAUAAAAGUAAGUUAUCACCAGAACAGAAUCUGCUUUUGCAAACUGGGUUGUGUUCUCCAGGGUCACUGACUCGAUGCAUAGAAUUUAUUAUCCUGAAAAACACUUGUCCUUCAAUCAGAACAACCUCAUUAGAAAGCAGAAUGCCAUCAAAUUGUACCCAACUUGCAACAGUCUCUCCUCCACUGUUCACACCUGGGAGCUUUCGUAACCUACCCAUGGCUCUUUUAAAGCAUAGCAGUCAGAGCUAGAAAAGUUCCUACUGAGUGGGUUCUUCUUUCCCAUCUCCUCCUCCCAUUACUCUCCUCCCAUUACUGCUGAAUUGUUCUUUACAGCAAAUAACUUUGCCGCUUUGGAUGAAUUUGUUCAAGAUUUGUGGUGUAAAUAACAUGACUUGUAUUACAUUCAAUGACUUAACAUAGGAGCCUGUUGAACUGUACAGUAGCUGCAUUCCAUUACAAUAAAAGUCAGCGUGGGCAAUA